AUCUAUAAAGUGCUACCAGAUCAUUUGUUGGUUUUUUCUUGAUAAUGCUGAAUUUUAUCAGUUUCUUUAACUGUCCACCAGAGGGCACAGCAACAUAACUUUUUCCUAUUUUAAGAGCACAUUAAUUGAAAGAGUAGGGAGGAGUUGUCACUUCAUACUGUUCAAGAGGCCAUAAAGAAUCUUUGCAGACUUGGAUCUCCAUUUAGAUGUACAAGAAAUGCCAGAUCAUACUUCAACAAUACUUGCAGGGACUAAUCUUCACAAUUCAAUAUGUGAAUUUUUCUGUCGGCGAUUGCAUGCCUUAUUUGCAUGCACACAUAUUGAAUGCCUGCAAAUGGAGGACUUGCACAGUCAUUUACGUGCCCAAAUAGUGGCACUGCCCAGGCAGUUGGGGUAAUACGACAUACAGAUUAGACGAGCAGUUUGUCACUCCUGAGUGUGGGCAACGAACUGUCAAAUGCAAUCUACGGGUAUGUCUAGACUGCAUUGCUCUUUCAGUAUAUCGGAAGUAUUCCGAAAUAGCAACGCCACAUCUCUAAAAGUGCCCGCACCCUAUUCCGGCGUCCCUGUAACAUUAAGAGAUUUGUUGGAAUAGUGCCUUACAGCACCAAAUUUCAAAAUAAGCUCUUUAGAUUUAGACUCAGAAUAAGCUACGCAAAUUGUGUAGCUUAUUCUGACAGAAGGGUGCGUCUAGACAGCAUCCUAAGUCACAUCACUGCAAAUAACAGGGAGUUGCCAAAGAAGAAGAGUUUCCAGGUGGGGUAGAUGAAGCCAUUCCAUAUCCAAAGAGGACAGGAUGUUUUCAGUUAAGGGAAGGUAAGUGCUGUGGGUACUUGGAAGAGCUUGGACUGAUAUAUGGUGAGGCCAACUAUAUGUAGAAUGUUUUUUCCAGUCAACUAUAUGAGCUCUUGCAAAUGGACUAUAUGGGAUUCUCUCUGGUGAAAAUUAAUUAUUUUAUUGACACUUGACACAUUUUGUGUAAGAUUUGUUGUUAUUAUAUAACAAUGGUAUAUGAUCUACCUGGUCAAAUGGCAAUGAUAUACCUGGUCAUAUUUUAAUCAUUUGAUGUCACACCAGUGUUGCAAUAUAUUUAUAUGCCAGAUGUGCUAAAGAUUCAUAUGUUCAUUCAUGCUUCAACCACCAUUCCAGAGAAAAUGCAUCUGUGCUGAUGCCGGGUUCUUCUCGAUAACAAUCCAAUAUAGUGUGGACAAAUGUGUUCAUCUUCAUCAUCUGAAUCAGAUGCCUCUAGCAGAAGGUUGAUUUCCUUGUUAGCGGUGGUUUGGGUUCCGUAGUUUUGACAUUGGACUGUUGCUCCUUUGAGACUUCUGAAAGCAUCUUCCACACCUCGAUCCUCUCAGAUUUUGGAAGGCACAUCAGAUUCUUAAACCUGGGUUUGACGGCAGUAGCUAUCUUUAUAAGUCUCACAUUGAUACCUUCUUUGUGCUUUGUCAAAUCUGCCAUGAAAGUGUUCUUAAAACAAACAACAUAUACUUGGUCAUCAUCCAAGACUGCUAUUACAGGAAACAUAUGGCAAAAUAUGGGUAAAACAGAGCAUGAGACAUACAAUUCUCCCCCAAGGAAUUCAUUCACCAAUUUAAUUAACACAUUAUUUUUUAAUGAGUGUCAUCAUCAUAGAAGCAUGUUCUCUGGUAUGAUGGCGAAAGUAUGAAGGGACAUAUGAAUGUUGAGCACAUCUGGCAUGUAAAUACUUUGCACGGCUGGCUACAAAAGUUCCAUGCAUAUGUCUGUUCUCAUUUUCAGGUGACCAUUGUAAAUAAGAAGUAGGCAGCAUUAUCUCCCAUAAAUAUAAACAAACUUCUUUAUCUUUCUGAUUGGUUGACCGAGAAUUAGGACUGAAGAGACAUGUACACUCUAAAGUUCACAUACCUUUGUUUUGAAGUGCAGUUAUGUAACCAAAAAAAAUCUACAUUUGUAAGUUGCGCUUUCAAGAUAUAGACGGAACUAAAGUACUUGUAUGAGGUGAAUUACCCUUUCUUUUGUUUGUCAUUUUUACAGAUCAAAUAUCAAUCAGAGAGUGAGCACUGUACACUUUGUAUUCUCCGUUCCAAUUGAAAUCAGAAUAUUUGCAAAUGAAGGGGAAAAAAUCUAAAAAUAUUCAAUAAUUUUCAAUUUUUUUAUGGUGAGAUUAACACUGGGAUUAAUCACAAUUAAUUUUUUGAGUUAAUCACCUGAGUUAAUGGUGAUUAAUUGACAAACCUAAAAACAACAUACAGAUGAUGAAUUCAGCACUGGUUGACCUGGAACUGACUCUGUAGCACCUCACAAGAGCUACCUCCAAGAGCAAUUGAUUACUGAGUGAAUGAUUGAUGAGAGACUAAACAGCAGGUGGCCUUCAGUCUGUCUUUAGCGCCCAGUCCAAAAGUAUUCAUUAGACAAAACAGAUUAUGUAAUGCCAGCAUAGCAUAUUUUAGGGACAUGUGACGCCUCUGAAAAAGAAGUAAUAAAUAUUGGGGAAUAGCAUAUGGUCAGUUCCCACCCCAGUAUACAUCUGAAGAGGCCUGUGACGGUCUAAAAUGAAGGAGCCAGUGUAGUCAACAACCUGCUACGAAGGACUUGUGGGACCUGUGAGCCAGAGGGCUUCAGGGUAGCCAACAAUCUGCUCCGGGGGAUAUUUAACUGACCAAGUGCUUGAGAGGAAGAGAAGAAACAAAGGCCUUCAUCUAGGACUGCGACGCUGGAAACAUGAGGUACAUCAGCACUCGAGGAGAAGCCGGAAGCGUUGACUUUGAAGGAGCCCUCUUUUCUGGCUAUGCCCCGGAUGGUGGCCUUUACGUGCCCAAGGAAAUUCCUACCCUGGACUAUCACACCCUGCGAACAUGGAGUACCUUCUCCUAUCCAGAGCUGGUGAAAGAGCUGAGUUCCCUCUUCAUCUCCUCUGAACUCAUCCCACGGAAAGAGCUGAAUGAUCUGAUUGACAGGGCCUUCCGGCGGUUCAGACACAAAAACAUUGUGCAUCUAGCCAGGCUGAAGAACGGGUUGAAUGUUUUGGAGCUCUGGCAUGGGGUCACUUAUGCCUUUAAGGACUUGUCCUUGUCCUGCACUGGUCAGUUUUUACAGUACUUCCUGAAGAAGAGGAAGAAGCACGUCACGAUUCUCGUAGGAACUGCGGGAGACACCGGCAGCGCGGCAAUUGAAAGCGUGCGAGGGGAAAGCAGGAUGGACAUCUGUGUGGUGUUACCCAAAGAUCUCUGCAGCCAGAUACAAGAGCUGCAAAUGACGACGGUGAUCGAGGAGAAUGUCCAUGUGUUCAUUGCUCAUGGAAACAGCGAUGAAAUUGAUGAGUCGAUCAAAGAAUUGUUUGAUGAUACAAAUUUUGCCAGAAAACACAAUUUGAUAAGUUUGAACUCACUCAACUGGUCCAGAGUUAUGGUGCAGAUCGCUCACUAUUUCUACGCUUACUUUCAAUGCACUCCAUCCAUGGAUGUGACUCCCCUGCCGACUGUGGAAAUCGUUGUGCCAACAGGGGCUGGAGGAAAUGUCACAGCUGGAUAUAUCGCACAGAAAAUGGGCCUUCCAAUCCAACUGGUCGCUGUGGUAAAUAGUAAUGACAUUAUCCACAGAGCAAUUCAGCAUGGAGAUUUCUCAAUGUCAGGGAGCGUUAAGCCAACCUUAGCUUCUGCAAUGGAUAUUCAGGCUCCGUACAAUAUGGAGAGGAUCUUGUGGCUUCUUUCCGACUGUGAUGGCAGCCUGAUUAAAACUCUGAUGGAACAGUUUUACAUGUCAAAAAGACUCACCCUGCCAGAAGAAUUGCACAGAAAGCUUGCUGAGGCCCUGCGCUCAUGUUCUGCGUCUGAUGAAGAUAUUGUCCGAGCAAUGAGGCGCUGUUGGGAAGAGAACUGCUACCUGUUAUGUCCCCACUCAGCCGUGGCUGUUCAUUGCCACUAUAGGCAAUUGGAGUGCCACCUCAGCAGCAGACCCAGGUGCUGCUUAGCACCCGCCUCGGCAGUGAAGUUCCAGGAUGCCGUGCUCAGAGCCAAGCUUGUUCCUGAAGUUCCGUCCGAGAUACAAGCUUUAAAAGCGAUGGAGACCAGGUCUACCACCCUGACGCGGGAAGACGACUGGGCAAAAACCCUAAGAGCCCGAAUAGAAGACAUGGCCAAGCGCAGACAGACGUAGAUGGAGUUCAUCAGACCCUGAAUAUGCAAUUACUGGGUUGCCUAUGAAAGACAAGGCUGCCUUGAUGAUGGUUAAGCUUUCUGCUAGAUUCCGUUCCUAGGAAAGUCCUAAUGAACUCGAUAGGGGAUUAUAACAUCCCCGUACAACACAUAAUCCAAACGAUAGAAUUCUGUAGCAGGAAUAGUAUUCUUGAUCAAAUUCUGAAUGCUUUAAAAAUAUAGAAAGGGUCUGGGCUGUCAAAUUCUACAGGGUAUAUAGACUAACUUAGAAUCCUGUGUACGCUCUUUGGAUCCAUAUGGAAACAUUCUUUCAGAUGUAUCUUCAAAGUGCCUGAUGAACAUGAGUCAUUAUCUGACUAAGAUUUUAUGCAAUUAUUAUUAGCCCAUAUCUGUCCUUUCCCUCGAGAAAAAAAAUCCUAAAGGAACAUAAUACCAAUUGCUGUAAUGACUUUUUUCCUUCAAUAAUUGUGUUGUAAUUUGGAGACCCAA